AUGUAUGAUAGGAGGAAUACAUCCAAGGAUGUACAUGUAGGUCCCACAUGUAGAUAAUGGGAUCCUCCAAGAAUGGGUUAGCUUGAUCCUGUCAUAUUCGAUAGUCUCCAGUGAUGAGUCAUGUCUUGGUUGGAUGUUGUCAUAGUAUUAGGAUGAAUGCUUUUAUUAGCGAGAUGGUUGGGGUGACAAAGGGGGAGAUAUGGCAUGCCAGUGAUCCCAUUGAAUAUGGGACAGUGUGUGGACCAUCACGAGGUGUGAUAAAGAUCUGUCCUGAUGUUAUUAAUUUGAGGGACCUCUCCUCUAUGUGACCUUGUUUUGGUCCACACAACCCCAGUGCUCACCUAUGGUCCCCAGGCUAUCUUGCCCGGCGCCAUCCACCAAGCCACCCUCAUGGGCAAGUGUUUCUCCGUCUGCAACCCAGGUUCAACCAACGUGGAAGAGCAGAAUGGCAAGAACAAAGCACAACUCCCUCCCAAGCCCCCUCAACAUGCCACAGCUAUAGAGCACCCUACUGCCCAACCAGUUCAGUACGUCCAACAUAUCAGCACAACCGGAGGCCGUGCGGGCAACCUCCCUCUCCGUCCUGCUGGGGACUCGAAUAAUGGUAGUCACAGCAGACCUGCGCAUGACACGCACAAGCAGUUCCCCCGACAAAACGGUGUAGAGACAAACGCAGCCAUGAAGUCAGACUUCUCUGAACGAAAGGCAAACAAACUCUUUGAAAAAUAUAAAGAUAAUUCUGAGGAUGCCAUUUUGGCGGAAGGCACCGAAAGAUUUUGUCAGGACCUUAAGGUCAGUCCAGAGGAUUUUAUAGUACUAGUCAUUGCAUGGAAGUUUCAGGCGGCAGUCAUGUGCCGCUUCACGCGGACUGAAUUCAUCCAAGGCUGUCGCACCCUACGUGCUGACUCCAUCAAUGCUAUCAAAGCAAAGUUUCCAGAACUGCGACACGAGGUCAAGACAAAUGAAGCCAUGUUCAAGGAUCUUUAUCGGUACACAUUCGGCUUUGGCUUGGACACUGAAGGGGGCCAGAGAACUUUACCUUGUGAGAUCGCAAUACCUCUAUGGAAGCUUGUCUUCUUCUACCGACAACCCCCUAUCCUAGAUCGCUGGUGCAAUUUCCUGACUGCUAACCAGGUUAAAGGUAUAUCAAGAGACACAUGGCAGAUGUUUCUGCACUUUGUAGAGGUCAUUAAAGAUAAUCUCAGUAACUAUGACGACAACGAAGCCUGGCCUAGCCUUUUUGAUGACUUUGUGGAAUAUGAAAAUGAUAGAUUGAAAACCGAAAAUCAAGGUGGAAAGGAGGAUGAUGACCAAGAGGAAACUCAUCUAGUGUAAAAAGAAUAUUGGGGAUACCCAUAUUUUUAAUUCAUUUUCACUUGUUUUAUUUGUGUCUUCUCCUUUUUCCUAAUGCAAGGUGCUCCAUUUGCUUCUCAUUGACCCUUUCAAUUGCUUUAGUUUCAAAAUAAGCAGUUACUUGUGUUUGAUUGAUAUUCCAGUGACCAAGAAUCUUACUCUCUUAUUUAAUUAGUAUGGUAUUUUUUAAUAAACAAAGAAAAGAAUGGGGAAACUUCCAUAAUAACAUGCAUGGAAGUGUAUAAAAUGUGCAUAUUAUGCAGCAUCUUGUAACAUAUUUUUCCUAAAGCAGGAAAUGUAAUGACGUGCAGGGAUUAUUCUUUACAAACCUUGGUCAAAACAUGAUCAUAUUUAAAUGCAUUUUUAUCUUUGAUACAGAAGAUUAAGUUAUCAGAAUCCAAAGAAUGCAUUUGUACUUCUUGAUACUUGGGUAUAUGGUUUCCACAUUAUGUACAUGUAGCCCUUAAUUUGUAGAAUGCAUGUUUCAAUGCUAAAAUCCACAUAAAUAUUCAGACUCAAAACUUCUAUAACUAUGGAAUGUUUAAAAUGUGUUUUAUAAAAUUACACCUACAUGUAAUAAUAGCUCUUAUGAUUAUCUGGAAUUUUAAGUGCUAUUUACAUGUAGAGCCUAAAUUUUGGCUGAAGUCUCAUUAAUUGAUUUCAUGUACUUCAAAUGAAAUUCCUGUGAAUUAUUGCAAAAUAUACCGGGAGUCAUAGAAACACGGUGAAAUAUAGUCAUCCACAUGUACUGUAGAAUUGGCAUUAAAAUGUAUUUUCAUAGGGAGAAUGGUACUUACAUGUAUUCAAGAACUUUCAUAUAAUGCAACUAAAAAUGGUUGGUUGAAGAACAAUAGCUUUCCAUAUCCCAUCUGGUAAUAAAGGCAUUUGUAACUUUCUGAAAAACCGCUUUAUGAUACACCCCUUCCCCUUGAAGUAUUGUAAUCCACUUCACAACUUAAUAAUUUCUGGAAGAUGUGAUCACCUGACUCAAAGCCUACAAU